AUGGCGGAGAGCUUGCUGCACCGCGCGCUGCAGCUGCGGGACGCCUGCGAGGUCGAGCGGCUCCUGGCGCGGGGCGGCGCGGCGGUCGCCGGCGCGUCGGCGCUCGGCAGCGCCGCGAAGACGACGCCGCUGCACGCCGCGUGCCGGGCGGGAGACUCCCACCUCGAGCUCACGCGGCUGCUGCUGCGGCGGGGGGCCAGCUGCGACGUGGCGGAGAUCGCCUCCGUCGGCGGCCGCACACCGCUGCACCUGGCGGCCCAGGCGCGGAGCCCGGACUGCGUCGCGGCGCUGCUGGAGGCUGGGGCGAACCCGGUGGCCCAGGACCCGCGCGGCCAGACGCCGCUGCACGUGGCCGCCCAGGAGGGCUGCCACGGCACGACUGUGCUGCUGCUGGACCACGGGGCCGACCCGCACGGCUGCGACGCGGCGGGCUUCAACGCCGCCUGGUGGGCCCAGGAGUUCCAGCACCCCGCCCUGGUGGCGCUCUACGCGGCGCGUGGCGUGGCCCCGCGGGCCAUGUCGCACAGGCACGUCGUGGAGCACUCCGGGCUGGCGGGGCCGAAGCUGAAGCACAUCCGGCGGAUGGACGACUGGGGCCGGGCGCGCAGCGCUCCCAGGAGGCGCGCCCAGGCGAAGGUGAAGGCAGCCGCCGCGCCGGCGCGCCCCCGCUCGCUCGGCAGGACGGCCCAGUCAGCCCGCGGCCGGUGA